UUCGCCACCUUUCGCUUCAUACAACCGUUUUGUGCUAUAUCCCAUAUUGUGGCGAGUGCUGUGCUACAGUUGAUUUGUUCCCUCUCCAGUCCAGACUGAACCGAUUCACACAGCAGUAGACAGCCAUGGUUUACCACCCUGAGUUUGAGCGGGCCGGACAGCAGCCCGGUCUGCAGGUGUGGAGAAUUGAGAAGUUUGACUUGGUGGCGGUGCCAGAAAACCUCUACGGUGGUUUCUACACCGGCGAUGCCUAUCUGAUCCUUAACACCAUCAAACAGCGCUCGGGGAACCUGCAGUACGAUCUGCACUUUUGGCUGGGUGAUUACUGUACACAAGAUGAGAGCGGUUCAGCUGCCAUUUUUACUGUGCAGAUGGACGAUUACCUGGGUGGUAAACCCAUCCAGUACCGUGAGGUCCAGGGCCAUGAAUCUAAAGCUUUCCUCGGGUACUUCAAGAAAGGAAUACAGUACAUGAAAGGUGGAGUUGCAUCAGGCUUCAAGCAUGUAGUGACCAAUGAGGUGACUGUGCAGCGUGUGCUGCAGGUGAAAGGUCGCCGUGUUGUCAGGGCGACUGAGGUGCCCGUCAGCUGGGACAGCUUCAACCAAGGAGACUGCUUCAUUCUGGACCUGGGCGACGAGAUCUACCAGUGGUGUGGAUCCCAGAGUAACCGCUUUGAGAAGCUUAAAGCCACACAGCUUGCAAAGGGAAUCCGAGAUAAUGAGCGCAGUGGAAGAGCCAGGGUAUACGUGUGUGAUGAGGGAAGGGAGAGAGAGAAGAUGCUGGAGGUUUUGGGUCCAAAGCCAGACCUGCCUGAGGGUGUGUCUGAUGACGUUAAAGCAGAUGCUUCUAACAGGAAGCUGGCCAAACUGUACAAGGUGUCUAAUGCCAGUGGGGACAUGGCCAUUGCUCUAGUGGCAGCUGAAAACCCCUUCUCCCAGAGUGCACUGGAGUCCGGCGACUGUUUCAUAUUGGACCAUGGCUCAGAUGGCAAGAUUUUUGUCUGGAAAGGAAAAGAUGCCAACAUGGAAGAGAGGAAAGCAGCCAUGAAAGCGGCAGAUGAAUUCAUUAAAAAGAUGGGCUACCCCAAGUACACGCAAGUUCAGAUUCUCCCAGAGAUGGGAGAAACUCCUUUGUUCAAGCAGUUCUUCAAGAACUGGCGAGAUGUGGACCAGACUGAGGGCAUGGGUGUGGCGUAUGUAUCAAACAGUAUCGCCAAGAUAGAGAAGGUGCCUUUCGAUGCCUCCACACUGCACGAUUCACCAGCUAUGGCCGCUCAGCAUGGUAUGGUGGAUGAUGGCAAUGGAGAGAAACAGAUCUGGCGUAUUGAGGGCUCAGACAAGGUGCCCGUUGACCCCUCUACUUACGGACAGUUUUAUGGAGGGGACAGCUACAUCAUCCUGUAUAAUUACCACCAUGGUGGUAGACAGGGACACAUCAUCUACAUGUGGCAGGGAAUGGACUCCAGCCAGGAUGAAACUGGUGCAUGUGCCAUCUUGGCAGCCCAGUUGGAUGAUGAACUUGGCGGAGGCCCAGUCCAGGUGCGGGUGGUACAAGGCAAAGAGCCAGCCCAUCUGAUGAGUCUGUUUGGUGGGAAGCCCAUGGUGGUGCAUAAGGGUGGUACUUCCAGAGAGGGCGGCCAGACCGAACCGGCUGAGACGCGUCUCUUCCAAGUGCGCUCCAAUUCUGCAGGGUGCACCCGAGCUGUGGAGGUUGAUGCUGUGUCCUCGAACCUGAACUCCAACGAUGCCUUUAUCCUGGUCACCCCAUCGGCCUCGUUCAUGUGGGUGGGCCAGGGGGCCAGUGACACUGAGAAACACGGGGCCCAGCAGCUCUGCGACAUCCUGGGCGUGUCAGCCUCCGAGCUGGCCGAGGGCGGAGAGACUGAUGACUUCUGGGCGGCUCUGGGAGGAAAGGCAGAAUACCGUACCUCUACCAGGCUGAAGGACAAAAUGGAUGCUCACCCACCGAGACUCUUUGCCUGCUCCAACAAAACAGGACGUUUCAUUAUUGAGGAGGUACCCGGGGAGAUGACCCAAGAUGAUCUGGCCACAGAUGAUGUUAUGAUCUUGGACACCUGGGAGCAGGUGUUUGUCUGGAUCGGUAACGAGGCUCACGAGGAAGAGAAAACAGAGGCCAUGACCUCAGCUGUUCGCUACAUAGAGACAGAUCCGGCUAACCGAGACCGUCGCACUCCCAUCGUAAAGAUCAAGCAAGGAUUUGAGCCGCCCACUUUCACGGGAUGGUUCCUGGGCUGGGAUCAUGACUACUGGAGCUCUGAUCCACUGGAGCGUGCCAUGGCUGAACUAGAGCUGUGAAUGGUUCCUACUCUAACGCUUCAACCCCUCACUGCCUUACUGCCCUUAGCUGCAGCCAGCAAACUCCAAUAGAAAAGCAAAAACCCAUGUGCCCUUCACUUUUUAUACUUCUGUAUUGAAACAGUAGUGAGUUGCUUGGUGCUUUGUUGUGUGCUUUAUUUAAUGAUAAAGUGCUUUUAGACUAAAUGUGUUGAUCUGGUCUUGAGGACGACCAAGGUGAAGUGCAUUAGCUUUUUUGUUACUGUCGCAGAUCAACAGGACAUCACUCAACUGUCCCUUCUAUGUUUGCAUACGUAGCUCCUGUUUUUUAACAUAUAAACUGGUUUACACAUGACCAAUAUACGAGGCUUUUUUUUAAAAAAAAAGGAAAACA